AUGGUGGUGGGCGUUCUUGCUCUGCAAGGAUCUUUUAACGAGCAUAUUGCGGCGCUGAAAAGGUUGGGAGUGAAGGGGGUGGAGGUUAGAAAGCCGGAGCAGCUGCAGGGCGUGAAGGCCCUCAUCAUCCCCGGCGGCGAGAGUACCACCAUGGCUAAGCUCGCGGAAUAUCAUAACCUGUUUCCUGCAUUGCGAGAUUUUGUGAAAAUGGGAAAGCCAGUAUGGGGAACAUGCGCUGGCCUUAUUUUUCUGGCCGAUAAAGCAGUAGGCCAAAAAACAGGUGGACAGGAACUAAUUGGUGGCCUUAAUUGUACAGUUCACCGGAAUUUCUUUGGCAGUCAGAUUCAAAGUUUUGUGGCGGAACUUUCUGUUCCAGAGAUUGUGGCUAACGAAGGAGGUCCUCCAAACUUCCAUGGUGUGUUCAUCCGUGCCCCUGGAAUCAUUGAAGUAGGUUCACAAGUACAGGUGUUGGCAGAAGUUCUUGUUCCAUCUGAAAAAGCUGCUAAAUCAAAUCCUACCGAUGAAAGUUUAGAGGAUAAUACUGGAUCUGGAAAUAAGGUGAUUGUUGCUGUUAAGCAAGGGAACUUGCUAGCAACUGCUUUUCAUCCCGAGUUGACUGCCGACACCAGAUGGCAUAGUUAUUUCUUGAAGAUGAUAAACGGGACCAGCGAAGAAGCAUCAAGCAGCACGUCCUUGCAUGCCAAGGAUGUGGACCUGUCCGAGACAUCCAAGUUCGAUCUCCCAGUAUUUCAACAAUAA